AUGAGAAGUUCGAGUGAGCAAUCGGCAGUGAUGGUGGUUGAGAGGGCGGAGGAUAGUGGUGAUAAGGAGAAGAAGAAGAAUAAGCGCCGAUCUAAUCGCCGAUCCAAACAGAACUCUCCCAAUCCAGCUUUUAGUUCACCAAAUGAACUACGUGGGGAAUCAUCAAUGUCUGUUGGAAAUGGUGGCAAAACAAAAUGUUGUACAGCGUCUAUGGGUUGCUUAUCUUCCAGGCAGCUGGAAUUAGAUGCAAAUCCCCUCAGCAAGCAUGGACCCACAUCGUCGGGAAUAGCCUUUAGUUCUAUGCCAAUUAUGCAUGUGAAUGAACGACCAGAAGAGCUAGUGCCAUCUGAUCUUGGUGGAUCAAUCCUUGCUAAGUCAUGUCCAGAACCAAUUGUUGGUGGAGGUCCCCGAGGAAGAUCACUUCCUUCUCACCAGGUUGAGGGUCAAGCUCAGAGUAAAAUUUUUGCACCGUACUGGUCCAUGGAGACUGUUAAUGAAGCGUUAGAGAAAGGUGAUGCAUUUAAAGUGUUAUUUCGUGUAAAUGCUCACAAUCGACUCGAGGCAUACUGCAAAAUUGAGGGAGUACCUACAGAUGUUCUUAUUAGUGGAAUUGCUGCACAGAACAGGGCUGUAGAAGGUGAUGUUGUGGUCAUCAAGGUUGAUCCUCUGUCAUUCUGGACCAAGAUGAAAGGUUCGAAUGGGCCAUCAAACAAUCUUUCCACAGCAGAGGAUAGCAAUUUAUGUCUUGAAGCCAAUGGAAAAGCUGGUGGUAGCUCCAAAGGAAAAAGUAAACUGAACAUGGAUUUUGACUGUGCGGAUUAUGGAAAUUCAACAGUUCCUCAGAAGGGGUUUCAUUACGAGGCUAGUUCUCGUAAUGGUGAUGAACUGAAUGGACCAGUGGGUUAUAAUUCUGUUAAUGGGUAUCACCAAUCAGCUUCAGAUUCUUCACCUGUUCCUUCUACAGGGAAGAAUGAAGUUUUGAAUGGUGUGCAGAGGAUGUGUGCCACGAUUAGCUCAUACCCAUCAAAACGACCAACCGGUAGAGUUGUUGCUAUCAUUGAAAAAUCUCCUCGUCGAGAUGCUAUUGUUGGCUUUCUCAAUGUUAAACAGUGGUUCUACUACAGGGAUGGCUGUAAAAAAUAUGCAAAAAGGAACAAGAGCUGGUUAUCAAUUUCAAACCAUGAAUACAUCGAGAUGAUACCCACUGACCCAAGAUUCCCCAAACUGAUGGUCCUUGCGAGCAGUUUACCUGACUGCAUCAAGAAAAGGUUGGAGGAUGAAGAUGCAACAGUUGAAAUGGAGUUGGUAUCUGUGCAGAUUGAUGAUUGGAGUGAUGAAAGUCCCUUCCCAGAAGCCCAUGUCUCAUGUAUUUUCGGACGGGGCAGUGAAAUGGAGUCACAAAUUAAUGCUAUUUUACAUGAAAAUGCAAUUUGUUGUUCUGAAUUUUCUCAGGAAUCACUUUCCUGUCUUCCAAGCAAUACUUGGGAGAUCCCGAAAGAGGAAUUCCAAAAUAGAAGAGAUCGUAGGAAUUUAUGCAUAUUUACCAUCGACCCUUCUAGUGGUACUGAUUUAGAUGAUGCUCUCUCAGGUCAGAGGUUACCCAAUGGCCUUGUCAGAGUGGGUGUCCACAUUGCUGAUGUGUCAUAUUUUGUUUUACCUGACACAGCCUUAGACAUGGAAGCUCAGAUUAGAUCAACCAGUGUUUAUAUGUUGCAGCACAAAAUACCCAUGUUGCCUCCAUUGCUUUCAGAGAACGUAGGUUCUCUUAACCCUGGAGUUGAUAGGCUUGCAUUUUCUAUCUUCUGGGACUUGAACAGUUCUGGGAAUGUUGUAGAUCGCUGGAUUGGCCGCACUGUGAUACGAUCUUGUUGCAAGCUUUCAUAUGAACACGUUCAGGACAUUGUUGAUGGGAUGAUUGAUGCAGAGACUUGCAACUCCUUUGGAGAUGACCUUCCACAGUUGCAUGGUCAUUUUGAAUGGGCAGAUGUAAUUGGAUCUGUUAAGUGUCUUCAUGAAAUUUCGAAGACUUUAAGGGAAAAGAGGUUUGAUGAUGGGGCUCUACAGCUUGAAAGUUCUAAAAUUGUGUUUUUGUUUGAUGAAUAUGGAGUUCCAUAUGAUAGCAUGCUUUGUGAGCGAAAGGACUCUAAUUUUCUUGUUGAGGAGUUUAUGCUUUUGGCAAACAGGACUGCGGCUGAAAUCAUAUCUAGAGCGUUUCCAGAUAGUGCAUUGCUGCGGAGGCACCCUGAACCUAGUAUGCGGAAACUCAGAGAGUUUGAAGCUUUUUGUUGCAAGCAUGGUUUAGAAUUGGACACUUCUUCUUCUGGUAACUUCUGUCGGUCAUUAGAGCACAUCAAGGAAAAGCUUAAGGAUGACUCUGUGCUAUUUAAUAUUCUUGUCAACUAUGCUUCAAGGCCAAUGCAGUUGGCAACCUACUUUUGUAGUGGUGAUUUGAAAGAUAAUAUGAAUGAUUGGGGUCAUUAUGCACUGGCUGUUCCUCUCUACACGCAUUUUACUUCACCACUGCGCCGAUAUCCUGAUAUUGUUGUCCAUCGAACACUGGCUGCAGCAAUUGAAGCUGAGCAAUUGUAUAUGAUGUAUAGAAGAAUGUCCCAUAAAGUGAUGCCAGGUGAAGAAGUGCCAAGAUGUUUCACUGGUAUUUGUUUUCUUAAAGAUGCUGCUGGAUCCUCAGAAGGCAGGGAGGCAUUAUCAGCUGCAGCAUUAAAGCAUAGAAUUCCCUGCACAGAGUUACUUGCAGAUGUUGCAGCUUAUUGUAACAAGAGAAAGCUGGCCAGUAGGCAGGUCAAGGAUGCCUGUGAAAAGCUCUACAUGUGGGUUUCAGUGAAGAGAAAGGAGGUUUUAUUGUCUGAUGCCAGAGUUUUGGGUCUUGGUCCAAGGUUUAUGUCCAUUUAUAUACACAAACUAGCUAUCGAACGACGUGUUUAUUAUGAUGAAGUUGAAGGCCUGACUGUGGAAUGGCUUGAAGCCACAUCGACCCUGGUGCUAAAUAUAUGUGCCUCCAAACGCUCAGUCCGGAGAGCAGGCUCUGGGUAUUACAGGGCGCUUGAUGAGGUUGCAUGGGUUAUAAAUCCUUGUGAUGAUCAUACCUUGGAACCUGACAUGGAGAGCACCAAGGGAUGUAGUGCAGUGCAGCAUUCCGAUCCCAUUUCGAAAUCUGAAAUUGAUCCUUUAGUUUUCCCUCUCACAGUGCGUCUUCUCUCAACAAUCCCUGUAGCUCUUCAUGCCAUUGGUGGGGAUGAUGGGCCCCUUGAUAUUGGGGUGCGGCUAUUAGCGAGCUCAUAUUUUACCUAG